AUGCGGCCAUUUUUGGACGAUGCGAAGCGGCGAGUGGACCGUAGACUCAGCGCAAGCAAACAGUCCAUAUCCACGAGCCGUCUCCUUCCUAGUGUUUUACCGGAUAGAUUCAAAGAUAAUCACGAUGCCCAAGUUGAUUUUACUGCUCCUCCCGGUGGUGUCGGGUCUCGAGAGGGCCACAUGCAAUACAUGCAACAAUCCAUCUUCUCUAUGAUUGCCGCUGUUGGGUCAAGGUCGGACUUCCAUGCGCGCUUCGAUGAAUCAAGCGACAGUGACGGAGAAACUGAGGGUCGAUCACAAACGGAGUCACCGGUCAAGAAGGUGCUCGGCUCAUCUAACCCGGUAAACUCGCAAACGGAGCAAAGAUCAGGGUCACAGACGAGUCGCAAAUCAGAGAAAGACCAAAGCUCGCGAGGUCGCCAUCAUCGAAGAACGAUAUCUGACCACAAAUUCCUUCGACCAUUUAAAACAAGCUCUAAGCCUGAGCCAGAUACCGAGCCAUCAACGGGAGAUGAGAGGCUCCGAGUCACGCUGCCCAGGCGGCCGCGCAGCACCACUCCUCGAGCUGCCCCGAUCCUGAGUCGUAUGGUUGAAGCUCAGGCUCAAUUCGACUCAAAGACGCCCUCAGCAGGACGUUCCCAAAACUCAUCGCAGGAAAGCAGCAUACACAGCUCUCACGAAUCAUCCACCUCACCCCUUUCAACGCGUUUAAUGGAAAUGUUCGAUUUCAACAAACCGGAAAAGGUGCUGGUUGAAUAUGCCUGUUCACUCCUUCAGAGCAUGCUUCUGCAAGGCUACAUGUACGUCACUGAGGGACAUAUCUGCUUCUAUGCUUAUCUCCCGCGGAAAUCAACAGUGGCCAUCAAAUCUGGCUAUCUUCACAAACGUGGUCGGAAGAAUCCGAAGUACAACCGAUACUGGUUCUCCCUGAAGGGUGACGUUCUUUCAUACUAUGCAGACCCGUCAAAUCUCUAUUUCCCGAGUGGACAUGUUGACCUUCGAUACGGGAUCUCUGCGUCGCUGGCUGAGUCCAAGGAGAAGGGCAGGGAACCGAAGGAAUUCCAAGUUUCUACAGAUCAAAGAACGUACCAUUUCCGAGCUGAUAGCUCCGUCAGCGCAAAAGAAUGGGUAAAGGCAUUGCAGAAAGUCAUCUUCCGGACACACAAUGAAGGCGACAGUGUCAAGGUAUCUUUUCCGAUCGAAAAUAUUAUAGAUAUUGAGGAAAGUCCUAUGAUGGAUUUCGCCGAUACGUUCAAAAUACGUGUGGUCGAAGACGAUGACUCGUAUGCCAUUGACGAGUAUUUCUUCUCAUUUUUUGAUUCCGGUCGCGAGGCCUUAACUCUCCUCAAGAGUCUAGUUAACGAAAACGCUUCGGGACAUUCUUCUCGAACUCUAUCACCACAUGCAGAUCGUUCGCCUCGCUCUGAUCGUACUCGCAGAUCCAGGAACCGUUGGUCCCUGACAAGUGGGACAAGCCAGCCUGGAAAUGGAAGUGCAGACACCCACCGGAAGAGAAGUGCGAGCACAAGUCAUUUGAGUCUUGGGCCCGAUGCCAUUCCCACGUCUCCGGUGACAAGACAUCAGGACCCAUCGGAAUCGAUUCUUAAUUCCUUUGAACAAGGAACCGAGUCAUCGGCUGUCUGGCAGUCGAUGGAAGACGGUGCAGAAUCUGCAAGCCAGAUAUUGCAUCGCAGUGAUGUUUUCCAAUCCCCAACAAUCCAUAACCUAGACAAGCGGGCUUGCAGCGAUGAAAGGAGUGGUCGGAGACAGGCUGGUGGAACCGCCCGAUCCACACUCACACAUGUCAAUGCGAAUAAAGAUGGAAGUCCUGGUGAGUACAGCAAACUUGGUAAUGAUGGCAAGCCUGACCGGGAAAUUCGGCAUGUCAUUCAUGAACUGGACCAGGAAACACAAGGUCCGUCAAAGCCGGGCCCCGGAGCACCUACCUUGAAUGAGCUUGUUAAAGCAGGGACAUAUCCCCUCCAACGCGCUGCAGGCUUUGCAGAGUAUUUGAGGACGCGGUCAAAGCAAAUGAGCAACUUACUGGCCAGUGAAUCUAUGGGCUAUAUCGAGAAAGUCUCUGGGAUGUGGGUUGGGGGUCGACGGCAUUAUGGAGAAGCAGAAGAUGUAUUGCCAGAUGAUCAGGCCGUUGAUCCUGAAGACAAGGAAGAUGGCUGCAACUACGGUGAUCGUUUCCGUGCACACUUUGCGCUGCCAUCGACCGAGAAACUGCAAGCAACCUACUUCGCGUAUCUACAUCGUGUGCUUCCACUGUACGGGAAGAUCUACAUCAGCCAGAAAAAGCUGUGUUUCCGCAGUCUUAUCCCUGGUACUCGCACAAAGAUGAUACUUCCCUUAAAAGAUGUCGAGAAUGUGGAGAAGGAGAAGGGCUUUAGAUUUGGUUACCAAGGCCUGGUCAUCAUCAUUCGGGGGCACGAAGAGCUAUUCUUCGAGUUUCGAACGUCAGAUGCUCGAGAUGAUUGCGCCGUUACGCUUCACCAGCACCUUGAAUCUGUGAAAUACCUGGCAGAGUCGGGUCUCCUUGCUGAACAGGAAAAAGAUGAAUCGGAAGCAGCGAUGGCGGAGCACCGUAUGCUUCAAGAGGCCAGGCUGGAUGAUUAUGGUGAGAAUGACAUUCCACCGCUGAAUGAGUCUUCGGGGCUUCACCCCAUUUUCGAUGAUCCUCGCGCUUCCAUUGUGAACUUCAAACCAGCCGAAUCCCUCCGAAUCACAUGUCUCACGAUUGGCUCACGAGGUGAUGUUCAGCCCUACAUCGCCUUAUGCAAAGGGUUGCUUGCCGAGGGCCAUAAGCCCAAGAUUGCGACUCACGCAGAGUUUGAGCCGUGGGUGAGAAGACAUGGCAUUGAUUUUGCUCCAGUCGACGGUGACCCAGCUGAGCUUAUGCGCAUUUGCGUUGAAAAUGGCAUGUUCACGUAUUCUUUCCUCAAAGAGGCGUCACAGAAGUUUCGAGGCUGGAUUGAUGACCUUUUGUCGUCCGCAUGGGCAAGCUGCCAGGAUAGCGAUCUUCUCAUCGAAUCGCCCAGUGCCAUGGCAGGUAUACACAUCGCCGAGGCGCUGAGAAUCCCCUAUUUUCGCGCUUUCACGAUGCCGUGGUCAAGAACAAGAGCUUAUCCACACGCAUUUGCCGUCCCCGAGCACAAAAUGGGAGGUGCCUACAACUAUAUCACCUAUGUGAUGUUUGAUAAUGUCUUCUGGAAAGCAAUUGCAGGGCAAGUUAACCGAUGGCGAAAGAAUGAGCUUGGGCUAAAGGCCACCACUCUGGACAAGAUGCAACCGAACAAAGUGCCGUUUCUAUACAACUAUUCUCCUUCGGUAGUACCACCACCAUUGGACUAUCCAGAUUGGAUUCGCAUCACUGGAUACUGGUUUUUGAAUGAAGGUGUUGACUGGACUCCCCCAGUGGACUUGUCUGCAUUCAUUCAACGUGCCCGGGAGGACGACAAGAAGAUAGUCUACAUCGGAUUUGGCUCAAUAGUUGUAUCUGAUCCGUCCGCACUCACACGCACGGUCAUUGAGUCUGUGCAAAAGGCCGACGUUCGUUGUAUUCUUUCGAAGGGAUGGUCUGACCGGCUGGGAGACCCUUCCAGUGCCAAAACCGAAGUGCCACUGCCACCAGAGAUUUUCCAGAUCCAGGCUGCCCCGCACGAUUGGUUGUUUGCUCAAGUUGACGCUGCUGUCCAUCAUGGAGGGGCUGGAACUACUGGGGCGAGUCUGCGUGCAGGCAUUCCUACAAUCAUCAAGCCUUUCUUUGGGGAUCAAUUCUUCUUUGGAUCACGCAUUGAAGAUCUAGGUGUGGGAAUCUGCAUGAAAAAACUCAAUGUGAGCGUUUUCUCGCGAGCUCUAUGGGAGGCCACUCAUAGCGAGCGAAUGAUUAUCAGGGCUCGGGACUUGGGGGCGAAGAUUCGCGACGAGGAUGGAGUGGCAACUGCCAUUCAGGCGAUCUAUCGAGACCUUGAGCACGCAAAAACACUGGCCCAGCAACGCUCGAUCGCCUCAUCUACGCCCUUUUCACCAACACCGUCGGCCAAGAACACUGCUGAGCAGGGCGAUGAUGACGUUGAGGACAGCGAGGAGUGGACCUUUGUUGGUGAUGAUAAUGAGAUGGACAUGUCGAGGAGAAUGCGGGAUCGAGCCAUCUCCGACGCCGAGAUGCUACCUGAUCGAUUGCUUACAAACUCCAUACAUGGAGCCGGCCGUUGA